UGAGUGAGAAUUACCUGGUUUGGCGAGAAUUUCCCCUUACCAACUCAGCCUUGUAAAUAUUCAUAAAUUCGGGGCGUUUGGGCCUUUUCAAAGCCCUGUGACUUCUGCAAGUCUUCUCUAUAAAUGCAAGCAGGCCCAGAGAGGGUGAGUGAUGCGUCUGGCCGUGGUCUCAGAGUUAGAGUCCUUCCCACCCCCACCCAGAGUCACUUUCUGCUCGUCCCGCGUACCCCGCCUUUCUCGCCUCGGCCAGGCGCCUCUCCCCUCCCAAGCUUUGACCUUGACUGUGGCUCCCGGACUGGCCGGGGCGGGUCCCACCUCUCUGGCGCCCAGGGCCAGCCUGCGUCAGCCCCAGUUCCCAGACCGCGGCUCUCAGAGGUCCCUUCUGGUCCGCAACGCCUGCACCGCCUUCCCGGCUUGGUCUUCCUGACCCACCCUUGCUGCCAUGAAGAUUGCAGUGAUUGGGCAGAGCCUGUUCGGCCAGGAAGUUUACUGCCGCCUGAGGGAAGAAGGCCAUGAGGUCGUGGGCGUGUUCACUGUCCCAGACAAGAAUGGGAAGGCGGACCCCCUGGGUUCGGAGGCCGAGAAGGAUGGAGUGCCAGUGUUCAAGUUCCCCCGCUGGAGGGCGAGAGGACAGGCUCUACCCGAGGUUGUGGCAAAAUACCAGGCUUUGGGUGCCGAGCUCAACGUCCUGCCCUUCUGCAGCCAGUUCAUUCCCAUGGAGGUCAUCAAUGCCCCCCACCAUGGCUCUAUUAUCUACCACCCGAGUCUGCUCCCCCGGCACCGAGGGGCCUCAGCCAUCAACUGGACCCUCAUUCAUGGAGAUAAAAAAGGGGGGUUUACCAUCUUCUGGGCAGACGAUGGCCUGGACACCGGGGACCUUCUGCUCCAGAAGGAGUGUGAGAUCCUCCCAGAUGAUACUGUGAACACUUUGUACAACCGCUUCCUCUUCCCCGAAGGCAUCAAAGGGAUGGUGCAAGCUGUGAGGCUGAUUGCCGAGGGCAAAGCCCCCAGAAUCCCUCAGUCUGAGGAAGGAGCCACCUACGAGGGCAUUCAGAAGAAGGAAACAGCUAAGAUCAACUGGGAGCAGCCAGCAGAGGCCAUUCAUAACUGGAUCCGUGGGAAUGACAAGACGCCAGGUGCCUGGACAGAAGCUUGUGGGCAGAAGCUGACAUUUUUCAACUCAACGCUGAACACUGCAGGCCUGGUGCCUGAGGGAGAAGCUUUGCCCAUCCCAGGAGCCCAUCGGCCAGGGGUGGUCACUGACAGGGGACUGGUCCUCUUCGGGAAUGAUGACAGAAUGCUGCUGGUGAAGAGCAUCCAGCUGGAGGAUGGCAAGAUGAUCCCGGCCUCGCACUUCUUCAGGGGAGAAGACAGCAGUGCCCUCGAGCUGACAGAGGCAGAGCUGGUCACCAUGGAGGCUGUGCGGAGUGCCUGGAAGCGGAUUCUCCCCAGUGUCCUGGAGGUGGAAGACUCCACUGAUUUCUUCAAGUCAGGGGCCGCAUCAGUGGACGUUGUGAGGAGUUUUACAAUUCUAGAUAUUGUAUUUAAGUCUUUAAUCCAUUUUGAACUGAUGUUUGUCGGACAAAGCUGUAAUAGCUGCUGUAACAAAAAGAGAGGGCUUCACAGCUCUGCUUCACCACAGGUCAUCUGCCAGGUGUCCCUGGCCCAGGUCAGCGAUGUCGACAAAGCAGUGGCUGCUGCUAAAGAUGCAUUUAAGAACGGAUUGUGGGGAAAGAUCAGCGCGCGGGACCGGGGCCGGCUCCUGUACAGGUUGGCAGACCUCAUGGAGCAGCACCAGGAGGAGCUGGCCACCAUUGAGGCUCUGGACGCGGGAGCCGUCUACACACUGGCCCUGAAGACUCAUGUGGGCAUGUCCAUCCAGACUUUCCGCUACUUUGCUGGCUGGUGCGACAAGAUCCAGGGCUCCACCAUCCCCAUCAACCAGGCCAGACCCAACCGCAAUCUGACCUUGACCAAAAAGGAGCCAAUUGGGGUCUGUGGCAUUGUCAUCCCCUGGAACUACCCCCUGAUGAUGCUCUCCUGGAAGACCGCUGCUUGCCUGGCUGCUGGGAACACAGUGGUGAUCAAGCCUGCCCAGGUGACCCCACUCACAGCCUUGAAGUUUGCAGAGCUGACCUUGAAGGCUGGCAUUCCCAAGGGUGUAAUCAACAUCCUUCCAGGAUCUGGCUCAUUGGUUGGCCAGAGACUCUCAGACCACCCUGAUGUGCGGAAAAUUGGAUUCACAGGCUCCACAGAGGUGGGAAAGCACAUCAUGAAAAGCUGUGCCCUGGGUAACGUGAAGAAGGUGUCCCUGGAGCUCGGUGGGAAGUCGCCCCUCAUCAUCUUUGCUGACUGUGAUCUCAGCAAGGCUGUGCAGAUGGGGAUGAGCUCUGUCUUCUUCAACAAAGGCGAGAACUGCAUUGCAGCAGGCCGGCUUUUUGUAGAGGACUCAAUCCACGACCAGUUUGUACAGAAGGUGGUAGAAGAGGUGAGGAAGAUGAAGAUUGGCAACCCUCUAGACCGGGACACCAACCAUGGGCCACAGAAUCACCAAGCCCACCUGCGGAAACUGAUAGAGUAUUGCCAGCGUGGUGUGAAAGAAGGGGCCACGCUGGUCUGUGGUGGGAAUCAAGUCCCUCGACCAGGUUUCUUUUUCCAGCCAACUGUUUUCACGGACGUGGAGGACCACAUGUUCAUAGCCAAGGAGGAGUCCUUUGGGCCCAUCAUGAUCAUCUCUCGGUUUGCCAACGGUGACGUGGACACUGUGCUGUCUCGGGCCAAUGCCACAGAAUUUGGUCUGGCCUCUGGAGUCUUCACCAGGGACAUCGGCAAGGCCUUAUAUGUCAGUGACAAGCUGGAGGCAGGCACCGUGUUUAUCAACACAUACAACAAGACUGAUGUGGCUGCUCCCUUCGGAGGGUUCAAGCAGUCUGGAUUUGGCAAAGACCUAGGUAAUCUAAUCCUAAAUAUCUGUUAGAGGCCACUUGGUGCC